AUGGCUCCAGCAGGGAAGAGAAAGAGGAAUGACAGAAAUUCCGUAGACCAGGGUGAGCCUCGACCUUCACCUCAUCGACCAGGAAAUACUUCUUUAGGGCAGCAUGAAAGAGAUUCUGGUAUGCGCGAGGGCAGUAACAGAAGGAGCAGUAGGGGAGGUCAAGGUAACCAGGGUGGAGGUAGAGGACGUAGAAACGAUGGCCGCACUGCGAACAAUUCGAGUAAUUCGAGCGAUCCUAGUAACCUCUCCAUAGCUACCAGAGCCACUCCAACACCAGGAACUAUGUCUCCACCUCCCAGACCAUCGAGUGCUACUCAGACUCCAGCGCAAACUCCAACUCCAAUGUCCACCAACGAUAUGAUCAGUCCCAGUUGGAACCCCGACCCUGCGCCAUUCGAUUACGUUUUCCUUUCCGACGAUCAAAUGUCCUCAUGGAAUACAAGUGGCCGACAAGAGGUGGUAGAGAAGGGCGUUCAAGCUCGUCAGGAUGAAGAUACAAUGGAUUUGGCUACGGUUUUUCAAGAAUUCAUCCGCUCUACUCUUGAUGGCCGGAUCGAUGGCGCAGAUGCGGGCUCUUGCAUCAAAGAAAUCUUGGGGCCAGAUAGUUCACUAACAGACAAUACCCCCGGCACUUUGGAACCGCAAACUUUAUUUCUUGAUUCUCUGUCGAUGAUGUGCGAAUUAGAAGAUUUGAAAUCACCGAAUGCGGCGCUUCGAACAUUUGUUUUCUCGACAGGAAUAUCAGCAAAUGUUAUGCGACAGAAGUUGGACGCUGCCCUUCUCUUAAAUCUCGGGCUCACAAGAGAUACCUUCACACGCAUGGGAAUUCGACAAGCCACCCAUCUUCUUUAUAGACAGGCAAACUACAAUCUUCUGAGGGAGGAAACCGAAGGAUAUUCAAAAUUGGUUACAGAGCUUUUUACAACUAGUGGAAGUGAACCACCUACAAGCGAGGUGAUUGAGGAUGCUUUUGAGAAGGUAAAAGGCCUCAUAGGAACAUUCGAUUUAGAUGUGGGAAGAGUUCUCGAUAUUACAUUGGAUGUGUUUGCGGCAGUCCUAAUAAAACACUUCCGUUUCUUUAUCAAACUUCUUCGGGCUAGUUCUUGGUGGCCGAGAAGCGGCGAAUUUGACCUUGACAAGGUAGCUCGAUGCGGCGGUCUUCCACCAUGGGCUUUACCAAGCGCUCCUGGUUGGACUUCAACUGACGAAGAGGAAGAAAUUUCUAAGAGCCAACGGUUGGAGCGCGACAAACUAUUCUGGGAUCGGGCUCGUGAAGUUGGGAUUGAAGCGUUCUUUGAGCUUGGAGGUAGGCAGGCUGCUGAUGCCGAAAUUAAACAAAGGCUCCUCAAAGAGGAGGAUGAUGCAAAACUUGAUGCAGAUCACCUGUGGAUCAAAGCCACGGGAACUUAUCCGCCGUCCGGAAAUCGAACAGCAGCUCAGUUACUUGGGUUCAAACUACGCUUUUACACCUCGGCUGCUCGAGAUAAUGAGGACGUACUCCCUGCGAAUUUGAUAUAUCUGACUGCAUUGCUAAUCAAGAUCGGAUUCAUCUCACUCAAAGAUUUAUACCCUCACCUGUGGCCCCUAGACGAGGAUAUGGAAGCGGUUCGCGAUGCCAGGAUGAAGGAGAUGGAGGAAAAGGAAAAGGCUAGUCGUGGAGGCACGAUGAAUGCAUUGAUGAUGGCUGGGGCCCUGGUAGAUGAUACUCUACCAAGUGGGGGACGAACUCGUGAAAUCGCAACCACCAAGACCGAUGCUUCUGGGAAACCAACAGCUGAGGUUGACGACAAAGAAAAGUUGGACGAACCUUCAGACCAAAAGGUACAACUUCUCACCUGUCUCCUAACAAUUGGAGCGAUUCCCGAAGCCCUCUUCAUACUCGGCCGCUUCCCUUGGCUACCAGAGGCAUACCCCGAACUUCUUGAUCUGAUACAUCGUAUCCUGAACCAUUCCAUCCAGGACGUCUUUAGUAUGAGUCGACCAACCACUUCAGCUGUACCCGACUGCCCAAGCAAGAAAGUUCUCGAUCCGGAUCAAACUGGUAUGCCAAAGGGCUCAGUACGUUUACUCGCCAUACCUCCUCGAAAACAAUUACGAUGGCCUUUUCCGGACAAAUUUGACACAAACGAGAACAAUGCAUAUAGAUUUUACUGGGAUGAGUGGGCAGAUAAUGUACCUGUCUGUCACACCGUGGAUGAUUUAUUCACCCUCUGUGGAUCUUUACUCAAUUACUCUGGUGUCAAUAUUGGUAAAGAUGCCACUUUGUUGUCAAAACUAGCCAGGAUCGGCACACAAAGUCUUGCAGAAGAUCGCUCAUCUCAUAAUUUCGACCGAUGGCAAGAUCUUCUUAAGCGCCUCCUUGUUCCAGCACUGAGCUUGACUAAAGCAAAUACUAGUGUCGUCAAUGAAGUAUACGGCAUGCUUCGCUUCUAUCCUCUAUCCAUCCGAUAUUCCAUCUAUGCAGAAUGGUUUGAAGGUCAGAUCUCUCGGUUGCCACCAAUGAGAGCUGCCUUUGCUAAGACCAAAUCUGAGACCAUAAGUACUAUGAAGAGGAUUAGUAUGACCAAUCUCACUGUAAUGGCACGGAAUCUAGCGAAGAUUGCAUAUGCAUCGCCGGGUGUAGUUUUUAGUGUUGCUUUGGGUCAGAUUGAAGCGUAUACCAACUUGACAGAAGUCGUCGUUGAGUGCGGCAAGUAUUUUACCGACCUAGGAUACGAUGUUUUGGUAUGGUCGUUGUUGAGUUCAUUAGGAGGAAAGGAUAGGAACCGGAACGAUGCCGAAUUCGCACUUCUGCCAAGUAAAUGGCUUCUAGCAUUGUCAAGAUUCUCCGGCAAAGUCUUCAAGAGGUAUUCUAUUAUGAACUUGAUCCCGCUCAUUCAGUAUGUUAAUGAUCAACUCCAUCGGGGCAACUCUACCGAUUUGGUCAUUCUCAAAGAGCUCAUUGCUCAAAUGUCCGGAAUUGUGCCAGAUACCGAUUUCACCGACUCUCAACUCGCUGCCAUGACUGGGGGCGAGCUCCUGAGACGCCAGACAUUAAUCAACCUCCAAGACAAGCGAUACGAAUCCCUAAAGACAGCGAAGCGACUGAUGAGGGGCUUGACUGAUACUAAGUUAGGUGGGCAACUUUUGCUAUCGAUUGCACAGCAUAGACAAUCGGCCAUCUAUACUGUUUCGGAUGAUGAGGCACCUAUUAAACUACUAGCUACGAUGGUUGACGACACCCAAUUGAUUCUCUUCCAAUUCCUUGACCUUCUUCGCAGCAACCUCACGAUUGAAGAGUUCGAUGAUCUUGUCCCAGGAAUUUCCGAACUCAUGAAAGAUUUUGGCUUGGAUCCCACACUUGCUUUCAUGAUUGGGCGUCCAAGUAUUUCACAUCGCAUCUCUAAGUUAUUAUCAUCCAACCUCAAUGGUAGUGCGAAGUCUUCACCAUCAUCAGCGGAAAUUACAGCUCCAGAGGUAGAUGCAGAAGGUGACGUUGGCAUGAAUGGCAAUACUCAAAUUUCUUCAAUCGAGGGAUCGAUUGCAGUGAACGGCAUAUCUACCCCGAAAGACGACAUACAGAUGUCAGAUAUUAAGGAAGUAGGCUCGCCUUCCGAAGUAGCUAUACCAGAAGCGGACCCGCUACACGAGCUAUUGCUACCCUACAUCAACACCGUCGAAGAGGUUCUACCCGAAGGUUCUUGGGCUUUCCUCACUUCUGAAUUUUAUGUUGUGUUCUGGAGUUCUACCCUAAGCGAUCUGGCUAUUCCUAGCCACAGCUACGAAGCCGAGAUUUCUCACCUGCUCAAAGAACAAGGAGAUGUAAUGAAGGACCGUACAGACAUGACUAGGGCUGGAAUGGCAAGAAAGGAAGAGACUAAGAAAGCGUUGGCUACAACCAGGGAGAAUUUACUGGCAGAAUUCGGUAAACAAGUCGGGGCCUUUUCAGGAAAGAAAAGCCGUCUUCUAAAACGCAAAAGCCUAUGGUUCAGCAAUGUCAAGGGCGAUCUCGUUAGUGACUCGUUUCUUGAACGAUGUUUACUUCCACGAUUACUGCUCUCUCCUAGCGAUGCAGAUUUCUCUUUCCGGAUGAUUAAGUUCCUACACGACAACGGCACACCCAACUUCCGGACCCUCUCGCUAUAUGGCAGGCUUUUCAGAUCAAACCGCUUACGUUCAAUGAUUUUCACAUGCACAGUUCGUGAGGCAGAGAAUUUAGGCCGCUUUCUGAGAUUGGUCUUGACCGAUCUGGCCCGCUGGCAUGGCGAUCAGGCAGUAUACGAGAAAGAGGCGUGGGGAACAAGCAAGAAUCUCCCAGGCUUUGCUAAAGCUAUUGAUGCGGAUGGAACUGUAAAAGGCUUACUCGAGCAUGACGGUAAAGUUGGCUUCAAAAACAUUUUGUAUUCAUGGCACCAAAAGCUAAAUGGGGCUCUGCGUGAUUGUUUUGAAGGAACAGAAUGGAUGCACGUUCGAAACGCUAUGACCAUUCUUAAGUCGGUUGUUGAUGUAUUCCCAGCUGUUAACUUCAUGGGCAAUAAUUUUGUGAAGCAGCUCGAGACCAUUGUUAUUCGAGAAAAGGGGGCACGAGAGGAUCUUUCUCUUGCUGGUAAUGCCAUCUUGGUUCAGCUCAAAAAGAAGUCCAAGUCAUGGGUUAUGGUUCAAGCGUUUGGAUAUAGCCUGGAGAGCCCUGUACAAUCGAACAGUAGCCCUGCAUCGGAUGCUUCUCAACAAGGUACUACUGCGAAAAUAACUCUGAAACCCACAGCCCCUGAAUUCAAGCCCCAGACUGGAGCUAACUCUAUGGGAGCCUCUACGCCAAAAGCGCUCACAACAAUUGAAGUCGAGGACGGCGAAGUUGAUGAUGCAAAAUUGGCCUCUGCAGCUAAUAAAGGCAAUAGGUUGAAGGAAGCGCCCUCUGAUAGUGCUAGUGCCAAAGAUAGAGUUGCGUCGGCACCCAAUGCAGGCAAAAAGUCGGAGAUCUUGUUAAGACGUGAAAAGAUCUUGCGCGAAAAUGCAGCCAGAGCUUCAGCGUCCACUCCAACGCCAGCAAGCAUACCAGCACGACCUGACCUGCAAAGAAACAUGCCCUCAAACCAUAAUCUACCUAAUAGACCUGAUGCUCCCAUACCUGGUCGCCAAAUGAUGGAUCGUCACCCGACUAGGACCGAUGACAGACGAGACAUACGAGAUCCCAGAGUGACAGAGAUGGUUCGGGAUAGGACUAGGGAUCGUGGCCGUGACUUCCCACCAGGCGACAGACGGGCCAUGGAUACACCACCAAGAGAUUUCAGAAACAACGAUCGAGCACCAAACAAUGAACGUGAGCGUCCUCGAGCAGAUUUGGAUACAAGAUGGAAUGCCGAGCCAGGGAGAGAUGGCGCAGAUCGGGCACCAUCGAACGGACAACACACUCCUGAAAAUGGUGGUCGUCUGUCUCGUGAGGCAGCCAUUCCCCCACCAAAAGCUUCGGUUAUUUCGGACCGUGGCUCGGCAAUCAACCCUGAACGAUUGGCCUUAGUGAACCCAGAGAGACAGGAGUUGAUUAAUCCUGAGCGAGCCGCUCUUAUGUCUGGUGGAAAUGAACCAUCACGUUCCGACUCACCUCGUCGACCCAGAGAUGAUACCAGAGAUCGUCAAUCAAGGCAUACUUCACCACUUCCGAGACGGCACGAUUCGGAGAAAGAUCAUCAACACCCAAGACGUGAAGAUAGAUCCAAUCGAAACGCACCCAUCGAUCCCCACGAUUCCCCAAGAGGUCGUCCUGAUGAUAUUGCGCCACCACCGGCAGGGCCAAAAGGAGAAAGGCCAGCAGAUCGAGCGAACGACCGAGCGCCUCCGCUAGAAAGAUCAAGAGAUACUACUUCCUUUCAGCAAUCACAACCUUCACCGCGUCCCGUGGAUCUUGAUCAUGGCAGGCUUAAUAGGCCACAAGUAGAUCCCAACUUUGGUCGUUUGAAUCAGCAACCAGAUAUCCCCUCUGGGCCUCGUGACAGGAACCGCGGCAACAAUCGAAUGACGAACGUGCCGCAAGUUCGACGUGAUGGAAGGUUGCCGAAUGCUCCCAUAGUUGAUAUCCCUCGGCCGCCAAGUCCAGAUAAGCAACCUCCCACAGGUCCUUCUGGUGGUCGGCACCCGCGACGGUUAGGCCCAGGACAAAUUGAACCAACGACAUCUACACACGCCAUCUUGCCGGCGACGCUCGUUGUAACAACUCCAACAUCAGGAGUCCAUCCAGAUCGAUUGAAACAUUUGGGUCCACAACCUAUUCAACCACCUGUACAAGCACCACCAGUGGCCGCUACAGUCUCUAGUGGAAUGCACCCAGAUAGAAUAAGGAGCUUUGGCGGUCAAGCAGCACCAGCAAACCCACCACCGCCUCAACAGGAAAACUCACGUUCAAGACCAACUGCACCACCUCUACAAACCCAAAUCGCGCCUCUUGGCCCCAAGUCUCAAGCUCAAAACAGUCCAAUUUCUCGGAUGAAUGGGGCACCAACUGGACCUGCCUCCUCAAACGAGCGUGCACCUCGUGGUAUAAGACAACCAAAUCUGAUCAACAAUAUCAAUCGUAUGCUUGAAGAGACCAAGCAUCCACAAGGUCAAGAACGACGUGGAAGACGUCAAGGUGGUCAACCACAGACUCCAAUUUCUGGUCCUCCUACACCAAUCCUACCACCUCCACCACCCCCACCCCCUCCAGGUCCGGCCCCCGCACAAGCUAGAGAUUCUGGAAGAGACCUGGUUAAUCCUGCUCGUGCUGAUCUUAUCGGCAAUAACGCGUUGAGCAAUGAUGACCGCGGUCGCGGCGAUCGAGGAGACCGUGGUUCAAGAAAUGAUCGGUCUACGCGUAGUCGUCGAACUUCACCUACUGAUCGCAACAGGGACCAAAAACGUGCUGGCCUCCCGGAAGAGGAACGCCCAUCCAGGGGUGAACAUAGGAGCCGUGGAGGUGAUAGAGAGCCCAGAGAUCCUGACAGGCACUUGAGAGGAGAUCCUUCGGCAAGCAGAGACUUGUUAGCUGGGGUUGGAAGUGGGGGUGGAAGGGGAGAAAGAGAACAUCGUGACAGGGAUAAUAGUCGCCGGGAUACUCAUGGUGGAGAUCGCGAUUCUCAACGUGAUCAACAUGAAGCUAAUGCCGGUAUUGGUAACUGGCCGAACGCUCCUGAUAAUAGAGGAGGGGAUAGAGGGGACCGACGAAACCAACGAUCGGAUAGAUCCGAUAGAGGUGACCGCGAUGGAAGAGGUAUGCGCGACGAUGGGAGUAGUGGCAGGAAGAGAAGAAGUGACGCGGAUGGUCUCAGAGAAGGUGGCCAUGAUAAAAGACCUAGGAGAUAG